CCCCGAUCACACACUCCGCAGCAGCAGCAGCAGCGCGUGCUAACAGACCGAGAGAGAGAGAGAGAAAGAGUGAGAGACAUAGACUGACACUCAUGAUCUCAUGAUCGCGCUCACCUGAGCCCUGCUGCUCCGCUCAGCCAUCUUCAUUCAUCCCUCUUUAGUUUACUCUCAUCACUUUCUUUCUUUAUUCAUUCAUUUCAGUUCACUUCAUUCGCUUUUUCAUUUUUAUUUUAUUUAUUUUUUACAUUUUUGUAUUGGUAUUUUUUUGGACAUUAAUUGUGUUUGGUUGCGUGUUUGGAGGUUCUACAGCCUGAAGAAGCCUGAAACGGAAUAUACCUCAACAUAACUACAGCAACAUCAUCAACGGGGGAAAUUACAAAAAAGAAAAAAAAAUAAUACAAGCUGCGCGCGUGCAUCUAUCUCAAUCUCAGCGCGCGUGUGGUUUUACAGCAUCAAAGAGGAGAAAAAGCAGAGAACGGCAACAACAGCAAGAAGACCCGCGCGCUUGGAUUUUUGUGCAUUUUAUUAAUAUUAUUAUUUUUUCCCUAUUAAUAAUAUUAUUUAAUCCUCGUGCCGGAUUAAUCAGCUUGCGUCGGGGUCUGCGCGCGCCUCUGAGGAAUGGAAAUGUACUUCAGCUGGUGACCGAACGGAGACUUAAUACACACAUACACACACACGGACACACACUUUUUUUUCUUUUUCUUGUGUUCUUCACGCGCGCGCAAAAAAUAUUCUCCAAUUCUCCAAACUGAAUGAGCGCGCGCCGGAGUGCAGCCUGGCUCGGCCGGACAGUCCGGAGUGUGUGUGCGCGCGUGCCGCAGGAGUGUAUGUGUGUUUGUGCCGCAGGAGUGUGUAUGUAUGUGUGAGUGCUGGCUAUAUCACCAUGAAAAAACUGCAUCACACGCGCGCUUAACGUCUCUACUGGUGGUGAUUUUUUGUUUUAAUUUUUUUCAUAUUUUUGAAAAAAAUAUAUAUAUUUUAUUAUUUCUAUUAAUAUUGCUGCGUUCUGGUGCUACCCCGCGCCUGGAGUGAGGAGGAUACUGCUUCUGGGACACCGUGCGCGCGCCCGGGUGCGAGCGUGUGUUUGUAUAUGUGUGUGCGCGAGAUCAUGGCGGAGUCGCUGCUUUGGAGGUGCUGCUUUAGCGUGCUGCUGGUCGUGUGCGAGCUGAGCGCGACCCGCGCGAUCAUCCUGGAUUCCAUCUACUGGAACACCACUAACACCAAGUUUGUUCCAGGCCAGGGUUUAGUACUGUACCCUCAGAUCGGGGACAAAAUGGACAUUGUGUGUCCUCGUAUAGAGGGCGGCUCUAUGGAAGGAGUGGAGUAUUACAAACUCUACAUGGUUCCUCGGGAACAACUGGACACUUGUACGGUCACCAAGGCGGAUACGCCUCUACUCAACUGCGUAAAGCCUGACCAGGAUGUCAAAUUCACCCUCAAGUUCCAGGAGUUCAGUCCUAACCUGUGGGGCCUGGAGUUCUUCAGAGGAAAAGACUAUUACAUCAUCUCAACAUCGAACGGGACCAUGGAGGGCCUGGAGAAUCAGGAAGGAGGAGUGUGCAAAACCAAAUCCAUGAAAAUCGUGAUGAAGGUCGGACAGAACCCCUCAGAUCCAGCUCCUCCUAAAGAUUAUCCCACCAGACAUCCACCCAAACACACAGACCCUGGCAAAGACAAAUCCAACGAAGUGAUUGACAAGCCAGGACUGUCAUAUCACGAGGACGGACAGACCGACGGCAACAACGGAGGCGGCAAAUCCUCGUCCAUGAUUGGCUCCGAAGUGGCGCUAUUCGUCGGCAUCGCCUCGGCCAGCGUAAUUGUCAUCAUCAUCAUCGUCAUGCUGGUGGUGCUGCUGCUGAAGUACCGGCGGCGCCACCGCAAGCACUCGCCCCAGCACGCCACCACACUCUCCCUCAGCACGCUGGCCACGCCCAAGAGGGGCGGAGGCGGCGGCAACAACAAUGGCUCCGAGCCCAGCGACAUCAUCAUCCCACUGCGGACUGCUGACAGCGUCUUCUGCCCGCACUACGAGAAAGUUAGCGGGGAUUACGGCCACCCUGUCUAUAUCGUGCAGGAGAUGCCCCCUCAGAGCCCGGCCAACAUCUACUACAAGGUUUGAGGACCGAGAUGGGCCCGCGUUGACCGUUUGACCAGCCCCCUCUCCUCGAUGGAUCGCCCCUCCGCCCUCAGGGGGAGGUGGGAUCGAGCUAGCCCCGCCUCCUCUCAUGGCUGUCGUUUCUUUUUCUUUAAAAAUAGUUUCCGUUUUUGUUUUAACAAAUAUUCCUUACUACUACUAUUAUGAUGAUGACCAGUAUAGACUUUCCUAAUGGUGGAGUGGGGCUCCUAAUAUGCUGCUCUUAAACCCCUCCCCCUACUCUGAAAAAAACACAACAAAAGCGUGAAAGGGAACGUGAUGAACAUGUGAUGCACGCGUGAUGAACAUGUGGGUAACACAUGAGGAAUACCUGAGGAACGUAAAGGCGCUAAAAUAUAAAUAUGUAUCGGGCCUUGAGGAUCCUGUAGGAAGGGUGUAUGUGGGCGACUGGACAUUCCAUUCUGGAGACAUUUUGAGGACAUGUCUGGUCUGAGACAUACCGGGGAGGGUGUGCUUUGGGGGUCCGUGUUAAAACAGGGAGGGGACGAGGAGGGCGAUUAUAAAGUCCUCGUUUCUACUUCGCUUCAAAAAGACUCCACAGCCUUGGAGGUGGAAAGAACAAAGGACAGAUCAAAGAAAGAGACAUAACAGAACGACGGAUGGUCUAAUCGAUGGGAAUCUCCUCGGCUCAUUGGACGUGAAAGGAGCGGAGUGGACAUAGCCAAUCGGCUGCGGGUAGUAGCUGGACUUAACAGGACACAGCAAGCGGGAAACUCCUUUCCAUCUUCUCAUUGGACAUUUUACGGAGUUUCCUGCCGCACGUAAAAAGCGGACAUCACCCGUUUCGCUCGCCUUCUUGGUCACUCGUACUGUUUUGGUUCGUUCUUUUCUUUUUGUUCCUUCCCUUCAUCUCAACACACCUGUUUUUUUCUUCUACGAAGUGACUCUCACCAAUCGUUACUUGAAAGCUUGUUUGGUUUGGUUUUGUUUCGUUUCGUAAGGUCAUACGUCUUAACUCCCAUUUCUCUUGGUCAUUCCUCCGAGUAUGGUUCACACUUUUUGUUUCAUUGUUUUUUUUUUUUGUUUUCAUAGAACAACAUAGGUAUCGUUACGUCAUAGAGAUCCUUUUGUGCUGGUUUACUUACUCGUGCUGUUUCGUAUGUUGCGUGGGACGUACACACAUAUACCUACACAUACACAUACACAUACACUCACACAUACACAUUCACAAAAAAAGUCUGCGGCCAAGGGCUAGAGAAGGACGAGGGAGGAAAUAAAUAGAUAGAUAGACAGACAGAGAGUUUAAAGGAGGUCGGUCGGGGGGGGGGGGGGGCGCGGACAGGGAUGUUCUCUGCUGGAACGGUGGGGGGAAACCAUGUGAACACUUUUUUAAAGCAGCACUUUUAAACCACCUCCACCUUUACCAUGCAGAACACACACACACGUUCACACAUACACACCUAUAUACUGUAAGUGUAUACUCUACACUGUACACACACCAAGGGGGGUUAAGUAGAACACCAACCACCAGACUUGCUGAUCAGAGAAGGAGGAGGAGAAGAAGAAAAACGGGAGGAGCUAAACGGCAGCACCAGUGCAGUGAUAGAGUAGUGAUAGCCUAGCAUGUUAGCAGAAUAAAUGCUAGCAAUAAGUGGCAAUACGUGUCCAGCUGCCAUCUUGAACGUCCAAAAUAAACGUGGGAUCCCCUCGGUUAAUUUUCGAUGAACUGGUGCUUGCCAUACUUUGCGCAAAAAAUAAAAAUAAAAUAAAAAAAAGCACAGGGUCAUCCAACACAUCGCUACUAGCAUUAGCAUAAUGAUUAUUAUUAUUAUUAUAGUUCUUCUAAUUAUUAUUUACUUGUGUUUUGAAUUGAAUGCAGAAGACUUAAUUAACAUUUUUUUUGUUCGUUUCGGUUCUAGCUGUACAGUUCGAAAUGGAGGAGAUUCUGCUUUUGUAAUGUGGAAAAAAGGAAGACAGAGAGAAGUAGAAAGAAUUUAUUUAUGAUACACAGAGCACACACACAAAUGGCCAGGCAGAAAAAAAAAGGAAGGCGUGAUAUGAAUAAUUUAGGAAAACAGCCACAUUAUGCAAAUGUCCCCCCUAUUUCUUAUUUCGUUGUCGCCCCAUUCACGGUUAUUUUAAUCGAAAAAGUUGCCUUUUGAACCACAAGCUUAUAUUUAUAUAUAUAUAUAUAUGUAUAUAUUUAAUACACAUACUGCAACACAGCCGGGGAAGGAAAAAAUGAAAGAGGGGCAGCUCUGGAGAGAGGCCCCAGAGAAAAACAGCAUGUUGGGUUUAAAAUAGCUGAAAGGAAUGAAAAGGAAGGGCCAGAAAUGGUGGAGAGGAAGGGCAAGUCUGGCAGAAUCCCGCGGACCAGGGCUAAAGUAAACCAGCUCUUCUGGCCUGACCUGUCUCUUCUGAUGAAGCUCAGAGGGAACAGGGUGGAAAUUAGGCCUUAAGCCUUCUCAAGUGGGCAGCAGGGCAGUGGACGAGGGCUGGAAAGCAGAGCAGAGAGGAAUUAGAUGGGGCUAAAAUUGUAAAUCAGAUGGGAUGGCAUAUGAGUGGAGAAAAGGAGGAAAAGAAAUGUUGGUGGAGAACAUAUCAGGACUGUUGGUGUACUCUUGAGAACAAAGGUGCCAGAUAGGAUUCCUAGGUCUUGGUCUGGAAUUUGAAUGCAGUUUCUAACUCUUGAUUUUAUAUUCACUGGUAGUUUAUUGAACUGUUCAAAACCCAGAGUUAACCAGAGUUAAAGACCUUGACCACAGAGCCUUGAAUCCAGCUUUCUGUCCUAGAUUUAAUUAUCAUAUAUAGUCCAUUGAGCAGUUGAGUAACUAACUGCUGGAUCAUCCAAUCUCAUACUUAUAACAUACCGCGAAAUCCAGGACCAGAAAUUGGUUUCAAGGCCCAGUGUUCAAGACCUUGAUCAUAGACCCUUAAAUCCAUAUUCUGGCAUUAAAUGUAGUAUUCAUUAGUAGUUUAUUGAAGUCCUGAUGGAUUGGUUAGUGUCAUAACUAACAGAAAACCACUGAAAGCAGAACUAGAAACUGGUUUCAAGGCCCAGAGUUUAGGAUCUUGGUCACUAAAGUCUAGGUCUUCAAAUCUAGACCUUAAAAGCAGUUCCAGGUCCUGGAUUCUGUAAUCAUUAGAGGUUCAAUGGACUGCUGAUGUACAUCAUUGGUCAUCUAACAUGAGUAUUGUAAUAAAAAAACAGAACCAGGUAGUAGGUCCAAGGUCUCUUCUGGACUACCCUAUUUAGUUCAUUGACCAAUUGACCUAGGAACCUAGGAAUGGAAACAAGAGCCACUGUCUGCAUUUAAAGACCUCUAUCAUAAGGAAACCACCUUUGGUCCAUGGUUUCCACAUAAAGCAACAGCUCUAUAGCCAUUGUAGUUUUUUUUUCUUGUAGAACAAUCGAUCCAAGCCAAGACCCGUUUAGCAACCCUUUGUUUUUUGAGAGUACGCAAGCAGUCCAAGAGCAGGAAGUUGCCAAGUUGAGUCCGUAGCUGCUCUGGGUUAAUUCCCACGACCCUCUCCCUCUUUUACACACAUCCUUCCCAACUCUCACGAGAAACCUCCUCUGGUCAAGCUUCUCCGACGCGAUGUUGGUGUGUGUGGUCGUGUACGUGAAGUCCACCCUACAGACACAAUCUGUUUCGUAUUUCUCCCAUUGACCACUCGUCGUUCGCCAGCGGCGGACCUUAAGAGUUUUGGCGGGAAGCUUCGGCUCGGUGGGCCGCCGUAGUCACACGUAUCAUUCUGAGUUUUUCCGUAUUCAUCCGUUCACGGAGAUCGUCGAAUCUCGCCAAGAAGCCAAGCCUUGUGUGAUCUGAGGUUUGUGCCUCUGUAAGAGGCCAAAAAAUAAGCAAAAUAUGCAAUUUUUAUUUAUUUUUGUAAUUGAGAGAGAGAAAAAAAAAUGAAAUACACCUAUGGAAAAGUGUUCUUAACCACUGAAAUGAGUGAAAAAAAAAUUAAACUAAACAAUACAACACAAGCAAAACACCACAAUCCUGCUGUGUGUUUUUUUUAUUAUUGAGUAGUAUUCUUUUCUUUCAGUAAAUUUUUUAUUUUUUUAUUUUAGGUUUUUAUUUGUUUUGUUCUUUUUUUUACUUUACGUGCAGUUGGUAUGAGGUAAACUGUGAAAUCACACUCAACUCAAGCAGUUUAUUCCAAGUAGUUGACACACUACAGAACACACAUACACGUCACUGUUUUGUUGCUGUCCUAUAUGGGCAAAAAUAAUGACAAUCUUCUUAGUUUCUUUGAAUCUGAAGACGGAGGUUUUCUGAGCUAGCAUGUCGCCAAGCAUUCUUCGUAGUUGUUGGUUUGAUGUCGACGUUCCUGGUAACAUUGGGAUUAAAUCUUGGCACCAGUUGCAGUUAGCGGUGCUGGAAUGCUUAGCGAAAUGCUAGCCGAAGCAUCCGUCUUCAGGCUUACUGUAAAAUGCCUUGCUCGUAUCGUCAUCCCGAGUUCCGAGGACUCAGUAAUUUUUUGCACCGUACAUCUGUAGGCAAGAAGCUGUAAAUACAUUCAUGUUUGUAUUGUAUAUGGAUCCCGGGUUGUUACAAUAGCCUUAUUCACACGUUUUUAGUAAAGUGAAGAAAAAUGACGGGGAAUAAAAAAAUACUACACUUCAGUGGAAAAAAAAAAGAAAUCAACAACGACAAAAAAGCAUACUACUUUUUUUGGUAAAUAGCUUGUGUAAAUAUCGACAACAAACCCAAUAAAACAAAUUUUUUAUAAACUCUUAAAGUAAGAUGUUUUGUAUAAAAUUGGAAUUUUUUGCUAUGUAUUUUAGCUAGCGCUCGUCUGAAGUCCUCAACCCUUCCCCACCACCCCACCCCCCUUUUGCACUGUUUUCAUGGUGAUUUGGUUUAAAAGAGAGGAAAAAUAAUCAGAAAAGAAAAGAAAAGCAAAUCUAACGAAAGAAGAGAGUUGCCAAACUGACUGCUGCAUAUUUGUGCCAUACGUGUGUACCAUAGAUAUUUAUUUAAUUAGAUUAUCAUUUUGUUUUGUUUUUUUAUUAUUUAGAUUUUUUUUCUCCAGUUCUGUUUGAUUUCGACUUCUAUCCAGUUUGUAUGCAAAUUUCAGUAUUACUGUUGAGUUUAUCUCUGAUUUUUCUUUUCCUUUUGACUCCUCCCAUUUGCUCCAUGUGUCUGUCUGUCUGUUGCUAUGGUUUCCCCAGUGACUGUAGCUCCACCCCUUCCUGUGCAGUAAGAGCUGGUCAAGCCGUGAAAGAGUUAAAAAUGACACACAUUCCACCAGUCUGUUACAAACUGAAAAAUGAUUUACAAUAAAAUGUUUUUCCUAUGGAAA